UUGCUCCGAUCGGCCUACGGAUUGAGCAACGUGGACGAGGCGAUGCAGCAGGAGCCCAAUCCUCUGGUGGGUCUGGGUUUCGCGGCGGAUUGCGAAUCGAGAAAGAUGAAUGAGGGCAUAGAGGCGAUCUUUAUUCUCCGGAAUAUGGGUUCCUUCGCCUUUCUUAGUCGACAGAAUAUAGAUGGCAAAGCAAAAGAAACGCCUCCGUUCUCAAAGCCAGAGGGAAGAAUCUGCACCUCGUUCACCAGUGCAGAGCAACUCUCCUUCUCCGCCUCUUGUUUCAGAGAAUCGGGAAGAAGGACAAGGUGGCAGGAACACCAAUCCGCCUGUUCCUAUCACUGGAACUCCGAGAAUGGAGCAAAGGUCCCUGUUACUGGAUUGGAAGGAGAAACAGAGAAGGUUGAUUCGUCUGCUCAACAUUCAGCUGCGGACCUGUCAUCAGAGGGUGGAAUUUCGAAUGGGAAGGAAAAAAAAAAGAAAAGGAAGAGAACCAGGAAAGGGUGUAAAGCCUGGACAAACCUGUCCCUGGAAUUUCACGAUAACAGGAUAAUUACCACUCAAGCACCCCGUGAAAUUUCAGCUAUCUUCAAAAGGAGCAUCAAUGGGCCUUGGAUUACGUUCUCAGAGUAUCUUGCAUCAGAAAUCGAGACUAUAAAACAAACUGGAAAAGAACCUGAUCCGAUCGAGAUGUUUAGACGUUUCCAUGUGAAGAAGGACAAGAACUGGGUUUCGUCAAAAGCAAAAACCCUGCAUGAUGGAAUGAUACAAGCAGAGGGUGAAAAGGUAUCCCAAGGGGAAGAACCAAACAUAUUUGCCGUCUAUCAAGAAGUGAUCGGACCACAACGCCCAAAGCGUGUUCUAGGGAUGGGCCAUGGGAGACUUGGAGUGCGGCUGCCCAAGUCAUUCGACAUGGAUCUCAAUAGUGAAGCAAAUGGGGAACAAGGCCGACUUGGGAAAACUCAGGGUAACGAUGUGUCCGACGACGAGUCCGAUGAGGAGACUGUCGAGGAGACUACUGCUGAUGCAUGAAUUUCUUUUUAAUGCUAUCGUAGGAUCCUAAGUAUCGCUUGACUUUGGGAUAUUUUGUGUCAUUUUCGAAGGAUAUUUUGCCUUUUGAAGUUUGGAUGUUUGGUCGUAGCUGAGGCUACUUGUUAGACAGUUUGAAAGUUAAUUUUGGAAUAUGCAUAACUUUGUUUGGAUGAUUUGUUUGUGUUAUCAUCACUAGAAGUGUAAUGGCGU